GUGGCCAGACUUUGAGAAUUCAGAAUCAUUAAGUCUCAUCUUCAUUCAUACUGCUUCUGUCUGCAACUCCAAAUCAACCAUGGCGGCUUAUGCAACUCUAGUUUCUGCUAUGCAUAUCAUUGAUAACCUUCAACUUCAUCCUUGCCCUCCUAUUCCUCUCCAUAUUAAACAAGUUGAGUCUCUCACGCAAAAAAUCAGUUUCUUGCUAGAAUUUCUCCAAUCCUAUAAUCCUCAUCGUGUCUACUCCAAUGAAGCGGAUCCCUUAGAAAUUCGCAUCGCAGAUGCAGCUUAUGCAGCCGAACACGCCAUUGAAUCUCAUAUUCUCGAUGAGGAAUGCUCCAUUGUAUCUCAUAUUUUUGAUGAGGUAAAAAAUGAUGGAGAAAAUAUGAGCUUUGAUGGCUUGUAUAAAGCUCUCGAGAAGGUGAUACAAGAUAUGGCUUCUGUCGAAGAGGAGGCCAAGCAAAUUCAAGGGAGAGUUGGAGUCCAACAUCAGCUGCUCAGAAACUCAACUCCUCCUCAUUCCUUGAGAUCUUCUUCGAUUUUGCAGAAGAGAUCUUCGUCGCUUACGCCUCAGAGUAGCAUGGUGGGUGCUGAUGAUGUCAAGCUUCAAAUGAAGGAUAAGCUCACUUCUCGUUGCCGUGAUCUACUAAUCAUUCCCGUUGUAGGGAUGGGCGGCUCGGGUAAGACCACUCUUGCUAGAACUGUUUAUGAAGAACGUCUUAUUAAGGAGCAUUUUGAUAUUUGUGCUUGGGCUACCAUCUCUCAAGAAUAUAGCAUUAGAGAAAUUUUUGGAGUAGUUCUUCGUCAAUUACAUUAUGCAAUUGAUGAUAAUUUGAGUGAGGAUGAAGUAGGAGAAAUCUUGUAUAAACACUUGUUUGGUAGAAGAUACCUAAUUGUAAUGGAUGAUAUGUGGAGCAUUGAGGCAUGGGAUAGAGUUAGGAAAUAUUUUCCGGAUAACAAAAAUGGUAGCAGAAUAGUGGUAACGACAAGGCUAUCAGCUUUGGCUUCUAAAUUGUCCGAGUCUAAUAACCUUGAGAUGAAACUUUUGGAUGAGGCUGAUAGUUGGGAGCUUCUCUCCGAAACUGUGUUUGGGGAAGAAGGUUGCCCUCUUGAAUUGGAGGAAGUUGGAAAAAAGAUUGGAAAAGGUUGCAAAGGACUUCCAUUGUCAAUUGUCGUGGUGGGAGGACUUUUGGCCAAGUCCAAACAUACAAGAGAAUUUUGGGAAUACAUAGAGAAAAACUUGAAUGCUGCAAGUGUUAAUUUAGAGGAUGAUGAGCGUUGCUUGAAAAUAUUAUACAUGAGCUACAAGCAAUUGCCAGUAUAUUUGAAACCAUGUUUUCUGUAUAUGGGAGUUUUCCCGGAAGAUGUGGAGAUUGACAUUUCAAGGCUUGUUAUAUAUUGGGGUGUUGAAGGAUUUUUAAAACCAGAAAGUGGGAAAGGCUUGGAAGAGAUAGCAAAAAAGUAUUUGGAAGACCUUAUUGGUAGAAAUCUUGUUAUAAGGAAUAAUGGAAACAAGAAGUACUGUAAAAUUCAUGACUUGUUGAGAGACUUGUGCCGGAGAGAAGCUAAAAAAGAAAGGUUUUAUGAUACCGCAUCUGAUAAUGAAGCCAUAAGCGCCUUGCCGUCUAUGUCUCAAGCUCGUUCUUUGACGUGGCGUGUUCGACUAGAAUUGUCGGCGCUCAGUAUGAGUUUGUUGAGGAUACUGAAAAUAGUUAGAUUCCAACCGUUUGAAGAUUUCACUAAAAACAUGGAUCAAUUAGUGAACUCACGGUUCCUUGAAAUCUUUGCUAAAGGGGGGAAUUUCCCUUAUUCUAUUUGGCGAUUUUGGAAUCUACAAACACUAAUUGUUCAUAACUACAAUGUGGUUACUGCGCCAACUGAUUUUUGGUGCAUGCCUCACAUUAGGCAUGUUGAGUUCUUCACUCUUCGUCUCGCAGAUCCUCCUAACGACCGAGAUGACAUUGUUUUGGGAAAUUUGCAAAGGUUGGGGAAAGUGUUAGAUUUCAAGUGCAGCAAAGAAGUGGUGAAAAAAAUUCCCAAUAUAAAAAAAUUGGUUUUUUCUAACGGGGGAGAGCGUGACGAUGACAUGUAUUGUCUCAGCAAUCUUGAUGCUCUAACUAAACUUAAGUCCUUGAAUUGCUCUUUUUUAGCAACGAGUGCAAUCAACUUUCCCCAAUCGCUCAAGAGUUUGGUUCUUCGUAGCGAAGGAUCGAGUUAUUGCUGGCAAGACAUAUUGGAUAAGGUAGGUGUGUUGCCCCAUCUUCGGAAGCUCACACUCAACAAUGGGAGAUUCAACCAAGGGAAGUGGGAAACAAGUGAAGGCCAAUUCUGCAGUCUCAUAUUCUUGAGUGUUAAGUGGUGUGAUGGUAUAGAAAUAUGGAAUACUCAAAGCUCCCACUUUCCAUGCCUUGAGUCCCUUCAUCUUGUUGAAGUAUGUAAGUUGGUGGAGAUCCCUUUAGAUUUCGCAGAAAUAUCCACACUUAGAGAAAUUGAUGUGAACUGUUGUAGCGAUGCUGUUGUGGAAUCUGCUAAAAGAAUAUCAGAGGAACACGAGGACUAUUAUGGGGAAGGAGCCCUUCAAGUUCGUAUUGAGCUUGCUAGUCCUCACUCCGAGCUUGCUAGUCCUAACUCUGAGCUUGCUAGUUCCAACUCCGAGGAGGAAGAUUGUAGAUUUGCAUAACUGAAAAACAAGUGGGAGAUAAAGAGAGACACCCAUUGUUGUGCUGAAAGAAACUAUCCAAGAACUAUAUAUUUCUGCAAAAAUUUAUAUAUUUCACAAAAUCUUGGGUACACCUGGGUGUACCGUAUAAGCGGGUCGACCCGUAUUCAGAAUAGUAUUAUAUAUAUGGGUUGGAUCAGGAUAUGAGUUCAAAUCAGGGUGCGGGCCAAAGUUUAAGUGAAGGUAUAACCCGGUUGUACGACUAUAUAUUUUCAUUCACAAUUAUCAAUGAUAUGUUUUUGAGUUAUGGUUAAAUAUUUUGAGUGAGA